CGCCAGCCAGCGCUUUCAGGCUUUGCAUUGCAAGCGAAAGUGCAAAGACCUGCAAAAUAGAGAGCGACGCAUAAGCACUGCAGCAGCACGCACGCAGCCGAGGCCAGGAAACCUUGGCAACAAGACAAAAACAACCAAGGAGCAAGCGAUAUGGCAGCCCAAGCCGCCAAGCGCAUCAACAAAGUCGGCUUCCUCGUGGCCAUGCAGGAGGAGGCCGCGCCCUUCAUCGGCGCCCUAAAGCUGCAGAAGCGCGCGCCGCACGCGCGCGCGCCGAUCGUCGUCCACGAGGGCUCGUACAAGGACGCGACGGUCCUGGUCUACAGCCCCGGCGUCGUCGACGGCAAGUCUCUCGUGGGCACGGACGCCGCGUUCCUGACGGCGUUCCUCGCGGCCGAAGAUGGAUUGGACCUCUUCGUGAACGCGGGCACGUGCGGCGGCUUCGCAAAAAGGGGAGGCAAGGUCGGCGACGUCUACUGCUGUGGUGAAUUUAAACACCACGACCGCCGCGUGCCCAUCCCCGGUUAUGAUUCAAUGUGCGUCGGGCACCGCCGGGCGACGCCCGCGCCGGGUCUUGUAUCAAAACUCGGCCUCAAAACGGGCCUCUGCACGACGGGCAACUCGCUGGACUGCUCGCCGACGGACGCGCCGAUUAUUGAAGAGAGCGGCGCCGUCUGCAAGGACAUGGAGGCCGCGUCCCUCGCCCACGCCGCCGAAUUGUCGGGGACGCCCUUCCUCGCGAUCAAGGUCGUGACGGAUAUUGUGGAUGGGCCCCACGCGACGCAGGACGAGUUCCUCGCGAACCUGUCGACGGCCUCGAAGGCGCUCCAGAAGGUGCUGCCCGAGGUCCUCGACUACGUCACCGGGAAGAGCGUCGCCGAGCUCUAAUAGAACACAUGUAUC